AUGAUCGACCCCACAGCUGGAGUGAAAGCGAAUCCCGAGGGGAAGGGAGUUUGCAAGACCGAUGCGGAGGGGCCGGGGGACGGCAAGACUGAUGCCGAGGGGCCGGAGGUCGGCAAGACUCCGCCCCGCCGCGGGAUGGUGUUCGGACUGGCCGCCGCGCUGCUGCUCGUGACCGGCGCUGCGGUGACUGGUGGACUGCUGGCGUAUUUCCGGGGAAAAGACGGCCCAAAUGUGUUCACGCUCCAGGCGUCUGUCGGCGGGCAGACUGUGCGGGAGGAGGUGGAGUUUGACCGGCGGAGCGGCGCGGCCGUGUACCGGGAUGUCGGCGGUACGCAGGAGGGAGAGAUCGUGCAGACCAGGGAGGGCCUGUUGGUGCUGUACUGGCAGGGCGGAUGUUACCUACUGGAGAAGAACGGUACCCGCGAGAUGGACAUCGGCUCUGCAGAGGCUGCGGUGGAGGUUCUGUCUGUACUGCGAUGA